AAAGCGUAGAGGCUCGAUAGUUCAUUUUGCGAAUCGUGCUCGAGUGGAAUUAACGGAGUUAAAUUUUCUUCAGAAAGCGCUGAUAUUUUCGCUUUCCUUUAAGACAGUGUCUGAAGCUAUCUUUUUGGAAUUAUAGUUUAAAGAUUCGUGAAUUCAGGAUGUCACGUAUUAUUUUCUUCACUAUUGCUUUGCUCGUAGUAGCAGCUUCAUUGGGCAAAGCUCAACGUCCGCCAUACGCCGGGAGCAGGCCGGUGGGCUACAAGGAUCGUUUUCGCCCAAGACCCACGGGUGCAGCCGCAUCAGCUACGUCUUUGAAUGAUAUCGACAAUCGAUUCGGUGAGAUAGCUAACAAUUUAGACAAUAGUACUAAUGUAACGCAACGGCCACCAGUUGGCGUCGAAGUUGUCUACGGUGAGCCUAGCGAUCCUAGUAACACUAACGCUCAGGACCAAUCCAAUGCUGCAUCUGGCAAUGGGCAGCAACCUCAACAACAGGAACAAGGAGUAAAUGUUGUGAAUAGGCUAGGUACUGAUCAACCUGGCAGCGGUGAACCAACGCAACAGCAAUCAUUGGGAGUAGCUCAAAGCAAUUCAGAAAAUUCAUCCACUGAUUUGUUUGCAGGUGGCUCGCGAAAGUCAUCUAUUGUACCAACCGCUACCACGAUCAGCGCUACACCGACUAUUGCCCCAUUCCGUCAAACCACCCUUAAUCAUGUGCCAUAUGACGCUCACGGUGAUGUAUUUUUGGUUAAUUUAUUGAAUCAGCGUCCGGUCGACCAACAACCUUUCUGGUUUGUCAACUAUCAAGCCAUCGAAGCCCACCGGAACGGUACGAAUCCUUAAAAAAAGCAAAUGCCCUACUUUAUGCUAUAUUUUGCCCUUGUCAGUUUGUCGCGCAAUAGUACGAAAGAUAAUUGUUCAAAAAGGUUUGACGAACCAACUAACUAUUUAAAUGUGUUUGAUUAUUUCGGGAAUAUUUUGUGCUAGAGGGAUGGAAACAAGUCCUUUUUAUAAGCGAUGGUAGAAUAUCGGUUUUUAAAGGCAGUUGCCAAAAAGGUUCUGCAAAUGGCUUUCGACUUUACAAAUUUUAGGACGUUCAACAAUUCACGUUAAAGAUAUAACGAACGUAUCUUAAUCGCAAUCUGGAAACUAUCUGUAGGUCCAAAAUAAUGUUGAACUCGGUUAGUUGGUGAUACCAAUUGGAUGUGCGAAAUUGUGCGAUAAAUUGUCAAGUUUUUGCAAAGUCCAAAAAUAACACGCAUUUCCACCGACUAAAUUAGCUACCUGGAAAGGCAUAAUAAUACUACUACAUCGCCAUCGCUGCUACUACUACUAUUACUAUUAUUGUACUAAUUCCUACUUUAGCUGUGUUUAUCUGGGCAUUCUAAAAAUCAUAUUUUUCUCCUUCUUCAUAGGGUAAUGUGAUUGCUUGUGAUUCGUUAUUGAAAAAAAAGAAAAGAAAUGUACUUAAUGAAUAUAUAUAUAUAUAAUAUAUAUAGACAUUAUCGGUGAUCGUGUUCGUUCGCUACCCCAAAAUUGACCCCUACUUCGUAAACAUUGUAUUAAAACCAUAGCAAAAGUACAGCGAAAAUACCGUCACCAAAAUAUUUAUUCCAGUUUUGUAUAAUAUUGGAAAAACCCUAAAUCUAACAGAGGAAAUUAGCACUCACUGCAUUCUAAAUUAAGGCUAACACACUGCCAAAUUGGGCAGGUGUUAGAUUGUUUUAGUGAUAAGCUGAAAUUUUAACCCAGUUACAAAAUACACAGUGCUCAAAUAAAUCUCUAAAAUUCAAAUUAAGGAAACUUAAACCUAAAAAAAAGCAACAAAAAUAAGUUCAAGAUCAAACGAGAUUACGGAAUUAAUUAAUUUUAACUAGCAGACUAUUAUGAAUAAUUUAAUGAUCAUGAAAGAAAGAAAAAAACGAGUCGUUUUACAAUUUAAUAUGGUUUUUCUCUUGUUCCCGUUUUUGUCGUUUUGUUUUGUCUCUGCAUACACCACAUUGUGUUGCAUAUUUUAUCAACCUUAAAUUCGAAAGCAAUUUUUUUGUACUUUGAUCGCUAAACAUAUGUUGAACUAUGUCAACCAAAAAAAAUGAUUGUGCCAUACAGAGAUGAGUAUGGUUUUGUGAAGGAAAUGAUACUUUUUUACAACGAAAACUGACCCGACAGAUCAGAUACUCUCAGUCGUAAGAUGAUGAUGAUGAUUUCCCCGAUUUAUUUUCAAAAUUAGAUUAGAAUCUUUAUAGGGAAUGUAUAUAGGAAAACGAUGUUAUUCAUACGCAAUUGCAUAUAUUAAUCAAAAGAAAGAAGGACAGACAACUAUCAAUAUAUAUAUAAAUGCAUGCUGAACUUGAAACUGGAAAUACUAGAUUUAAAAGUGGGGAGAAUUUAAGUGUAAAGAUAUAUCUAUUAUAUAUUAUAGUUGUGUGAUAUGUAUGACUGUUAAGUUAAAUGGUUUUUACUAUAUGAUUGUAUGAUAUAAUAUAUCAUAAUAAAUACAAAAUAAUCUA